GGCGAUGCAUGAUUUUAUUGCUUCAGGUUGAAGGCCGGAUUAUGAUGAUGCUUCUGGAAGAAUCCAUGCAUGUUUGCUGUGUGCAAGAAACGACGAUUCCCGGAAGAUGCCUUGCAAAUGCAAUGGGCGACUUUGCAGAUGAACGACUUAUAUUUUGGAAAGGAACGGAGGGACCAUGCAAAGCACGACGACGCGUGCACACAAUUUAAGCUGGUGGGCUCAAGGAAGGCCAGGUGAAUUAACCUACCAACCCCUUAGCUGACACUGGGGAAUGAGAUUCUUGACCCCAUGGCGUGAUACUUACACAGGACAUAGUACUAUCACAGCUAAGUCUCCUCGCUUGACCAUUUCAUCCUGCGUAGUACGAUGAGGCCCGCGAAUGGAUGCACAAGUUUGAGAAGACCAGACCAGUUGGCUCUUCUAUAUAACCAUGGCAAGGCUCCUGUCUUGAGAUCUUCUUUUAGUUUUUUCUUCUUGUUGCCAUCACUGUUCCUUUACAUUUCCGAGAGACCUCUCCUCAAUCGGAACCGGGUGUGGUCGUGGCCGCAAUGUGGGUCGGCACCGUGACACCGUCCGCCGCGCUCACCGCCCUGGCGUUCGCGCUCCUCCUGCUCAACUCGGGCGUCGCCGCGCGCCGCGCGCUCGCACGCGGGGACGCCGGCGCGGCGGCGUUCGUCGCGGCCGCCGCCGUCCUCGUGGCCGCGCUCCUCGCUGCGGUCCGGGCGCACGAGCGGUGUCGCGAGGAGGAGGAGGAGGACGGGCGGCGGGGCCGCCGCCUCAGGGCCGUAGCGUGGGCCCUGUCCGCGGCCCUCACGGCCAUGUUCGCGCGCCGCGUGGCCGGGUUCGCGCCGGACCGGGCCGUGGCGGCCCUGGUCUGGGCCAUGGGCGGCGUCACGGUGGCCGGAGGGUUCUGCUGCCUCUUCGUUCACGACGUCGUUGGUGGGCGCGAUGCACGGCCAGCCUAGAGCGCGCCCGCGCGCGUCGUCAGUUGGCUUCAUUACUCGCCGCCGUCAUUCCACAAAAUACACGUGCCAUACAGUGGAAUUCUAGCAAAAAAUAGCUACCCGUCACCCUGUGCCAACCUGCCUGGAGAAUUCAUGUUACGAAAUGACUAGCACAGUACUUGAAAGCUCCGUACACGUUUUCUUUUUUAUCAAAAAGUUGCAAAAGAUAAAACAUUUACUAUACUUUAGAAGUUUGUCAAAACAGUACUAUUAUACUCUUAUAACUUUGUUAAACUCAAAAUAUGACAAUUCAGUAGAGUAUGUUCAUGCACUCGAUAAUGCCAGUGUACGUUAAUGCCUACGGCUAUGCGUCUGUUUUUUUUUCUAAAAGAAACCCCAUAUGCAACUCUUAGUGAUCCAAAAACCCUUGAAGUAUUCCACUAUAUGCGUGAAUGUAGAAUUUUAAUUUUUUUUAGCUGUAUAUGUGCAUUGUAUGGUAUGUGUACUCAACAUAUCUUCUUUGUAAAUUGUAAUAUAUUGAAAAUCAUGAUGAUAACGGAAUAA